UGAAUUCACUGGCUGUCACAGCAGCGGCUCCAAGACUAACAGUAGCAGCAAUCCACUCUCCACAGUGCUUCACCUUUCUGUGUACCGUCUACACCCCGCAGACAUGGACCCGGAGGUGCUAAUGCACACGGCGCGCUCGCUUCCCAUCCUCACCGCGUUUGCGUUGUAGCUGUGCGCUCUCUGCCCGAGGCACGUCCCGCUGCUGAGCAGAGGGAGACUAUUGUUAUUUUGCCCACCGCGGAGACAUCACAGUGUAGGACAGCAGAGACUGAGCAGCAGAGAGGACCACACGGUCGUGACAGCAGAAGCCGUUUCAGGAUAUCGGACAACUGAGAGCGGCUUUCUGUGUCCUCCAUCAUGGCGAGUGACUCCCCGGCUAGGAGUCUGGACGAAAUCGACCUGUCAGCUUUGAGGGAUCCUGCUGGCAUCUUUGAGCUGGUUGAGUUGGUGGGAAAUGGCACCUAUGGGCAGGUGUACAAGGGUCGCCAUGUUAAGACGGGGCAGUUGGCAGCCAUCAAGGUCAUGGAUGUCACCGGGGAUGAGGAAGAGGAGAUUAAAGCGGAAAUUAACAUGCUGAAGAAGUACAGUCACCACCGGAACAUCGCCACCUACUACGGAGCUUUCGUCAAGAAAAACCCUCCUGGCAUGGAUGACCAGCUAUGGCUGGUCAUGGAGUUCUGUGGAGCUGGCUCAGUGACAGACCUGAUCAAGAACACCAAGGGCAACUCUCUGAAAGAGGAGUGGACUGCUUACAUCUGCCGAGAGAUUCUCAGGGGUCUGACUCAUCUCCAUCAGCACAAGGUCAUCCACAGAGACAUCAAGGGACAGAACGUCCUGCUGACUGAGAACGCAGAGGUCAAAUUAGUGGACUUUGGUGUUUCGGCCCAGUUGGACAGAACAGUAGGAAGGAGGAACACGUUUAUCGGGACGCCAUAUUGGAUGGCACCAGAAGUUAUCGCCUGCGACGAGAACCCUGAUGCCACGUACGACUUCAAGAGUGAUUUAUGGUCACUGGGAAUCACAGCCAUCGAGAUGGCUGAAGGAGCACCACCCCUGUGUGACAUGCACCCAAUGAGAGCUCUCUUCCUGAUCCCACGCAACCCUGCCCCAAGACUCAAGUCAAAGAAGUGGUCGAAGAAGUUCCAGUCAUUCAUAGAGAGCUGUCUGGUGAAGAGCCACAGCCAGAGACCCAGCACAGAGCAGCUCCUCAAGCACCCGUUCAUCAGAGACCUGCCCAACGAGAGGCAGGUCCGCAUCCAGCUGAAGGAUCACAUCGACCGCACCAAGAAGAAGAGAGGAGAGAGGGAUGAGACAGAGUAUGAGUAUAGUGGCAGUGAGGAGGAGGAUGAAGAAAGGGACAUGGGGGAACCAAGCUCCAUCAUCAACAUCCCUGGCGAGUCAACCCUGAGGCGGGACUUCCUGCGGCUCCAGCUGGCCAACAAGGAGCGCUCAGAGGCGCAGCGGCGGCAGCAGUUGGAGCAACAGCAGAAUGAGGAGCACAAGCGCUUACUGUUGGCUGAGAGACAGAAACGCAUUGAGGAGCAGAAGGAGCAGAGGAGGCGGCUGGAGGAGCAGCAGCAGCGAGAGCGUGAGCUGAGGAAACAGCAGGAGCGGGAGCAGAGGAGGCGCUACGAGGAAAUGGAGCAGCUCCGUAGAGAGGAGGAGAGGAGGCAUGCAGAGAGAGAACAGGAGUAUAUCCGUAGACAGCUGGAGGAGGAACAGAGGCAGUUAGAGAUUCUCCAGCAACAGCUACUACAGGAACAGGCGUUACUGCUGGAGUACAAACGUAAGCAGAUAGAGGAGCAGCGGCAGGCGGAGCGGCUACAGAGGCAGCUCCAGCAGGAGAGAGCCUACCUGGUGUCUCUACAACAGCAGCAACAGCAGCAACAACAACAGCAGCAACAGCAGCAGCAACAGGAGGGACGACAAGCAGAGAAGAAACAGCUUUACCAUUACAAAGAUAUCAUCAAUCCUAAUGACAAGCCUGCCUGGGCUAAAGAGGUCUCGAAGCAGCAGCAUGUUCAGGGUAAUCUACCCCACUCCCAACUACGACAUCACCAGUCAUUCAACCAACCAGCUUCAUCCUCUGACUCACAGGGCCAAAACAAAGUUCGGGCCCCUAGACGAACCCCGUCCCAUGGUGCCCAGCUCCUCUCCACCCACCUUCCCCAUAUCCGUAUUUCACUAGAUCCUGGAGAACCCCUAGACCCGGGGCUGAAACAGGAAAUAAGUCAGCAGGUCAGAGAGUUUAGGGCUCAGAAACUUAGUCAGAGAGGACGUAGCCCAGGGCCGAUCCGAGAACACAACCAGUCUCCUGGCCAGGGGCCCACUAAGGGGCCAAACAAGAGUCAUAAAGACCAAUUUAGUCAAGGGCCAGUCAGCCACGCUAAUCCAGUACCCAACCCUUAUCCUCUGGUUCCCAGUAAUCAGAAAGAAAAGCCCAGAGACAGGCCUCUCUCUGCCCCUAGUCAGGCAGGCAUGCAGGGGCUAAUGGCUCCUGACUCACAGCUUAAGGCCCUUCAACCUUACCCUCAGUCCCCAAGACCAGUCCAGAAACCCCAGUCUGGAUCUAUCCCUGCCUCCAUCCCUGCUGUCAAACUGGUGGAGGAGCGAUCUAAGCUGAACAGACAGAGCUCCCCAGCGCUACAGCACAAAGUGUCCAACCGCAUCUCUGACCCUUCCCUCCCUCCCCGCUCCGAGUCCUUCAGCAGUGGGGGCAUGCAGCCUGCCCGCACCCCACCCAUCCACCGCUCCAUCGAACCACAGAUGGCUCACCUGGUUCCAGUGAAGACCCACUCUAGCUCCAUGUCUGGCUCUCAGUCACUGCAGGACCAGACGGGUUCAGCUCUGACUGAGGGUGUCAGCGUGGGCUCCCCUCGGCCCGAGAUGCCCCGACAGAACUCAGACCCCACCUCUGACACCCCUGGACCUCCAGUGCGCAUCUCAGGCAGAGAGGAACGAGACAGAGACAGGGAUCGGGAUCGGGAUAGGACCGCCUGGUUGAGAGAGGAGGACAUGCCACCCAAGGUACCCCAGAGGACCACUUCCAUCUCCCCAGCCUUGGUCAGAAAGAACUCUCCUAAUGGAGGAGUGGGUCUGGGCCCUCGCACGGGUUCUCAGCUCAUACGGUCCAGUAACCCUGACCUGCGGCGCUCAGAGCUGUCUCUGGAUGCCAUGCUGCAAAGAACUUCCUCCAACUCGUCGUCCUCCUCCUCCCCGUCAUCUCAGGGAGGCUCAGCUGAGAGGAGAGGUCAAACCAAGCACGAAGGAUCCCCUCCAGGAGCCAAUCAGGAGGCAAAGUCCAAACAGGAGGAGGGCCGUGAAUCAGCCAGACCCAGCAGACCUGCAGACCUUAGUGCAUUGGCUAAGGAGCUCAGAGAACUGAGGGUAGAAGAGGGCAGCAGACCUCCAGUCAAGGUGACAGACUACUCGUCCUCUAGUGAAGAUUCAGAGAGCAGCGAUGAGGACGGGGAGACGGUUGGGCAUGAUGGGACUGUUGCUGUUAGCGACAUCCCCCGCAUCAUGCCAGCAGUGCAGAGCAGUGGUGAGUCGUAUGGAGGGCUGACAGAGGACUCUCUGGGAGAAGCCUAUAAUAGCUCCAAGGACGGCACUCUAGUGAUGAGAGAGGCCGAGGAGAGGAGGAGAGGUGGUCACACUGAGAGUAAUGGGUUCGGGAAUCACAGUAACAUCGGUAACCUCCCUGACCUGGUGCAGCAGAGCAACUCUCCCUCAGCCACACCCACCACAGCCCUGCAGGAACUGGCCGACAUUUCUGAGUUUGGUUCGGGUGGGUCCAAAGCAUCCUUCACCCCAUUUGUUGAUCCACGUGUCUAUCAGACCUCACCAGGUGAAGAUGAUGACGAGAACUCAGCUGCAGCCAUGUUUGCUAAUGAGCUGCUGAGGCAGGAACAGGCCAGACUAAACGAAGCCAGAAAGAUCUCUGUGGUUAACGUCAACCCUACCAACAUCAGACCCCACAGUGACACACCAGAGAUCCGCAAAUACAAGAAACGCUUCAACUCCGAGAUCCUGUGUGCUGCACUCUGGGGUGUGAACCUGCUGGUGGGGACAGAGAACGGUCUCAUGCUGCUCGACCGAAGCGGACAAGGGAAAGUGUACAACCUGAUCACCAGACGGCGCUUCCUGCAGAUGGAUGUGCUGGAGGGCCUCAACGUGCUAGUCACCAUAUCUGGGAAAAAAAAUAAGUUGCGUGUCUACUACUUGUCCUGGCUGAGGAACAGAAUUUUACAUAACGACCCGGAAGUUGAGAAGAAGCAGGGUUGGAUUACAGUUGGGGAGCUGGAGGGCUGUGUGCAUUAUAAAGUUGUAAAAUAUGAGAGGAUUAAGUUCCUGGUGAUUGCUCUGAAGAACUCUGUGGAAAUCUACGCCUGGGCUCCCAAACCCUACCACAAGUUUAUGGCCUUUAAGUCAUUCACGGAGCUGCAGCACCGUCCCCAGCUGGUUGACCUGACGGUGGAGGAAGGCCAGAGGUUAAAGGUCAUCUACGGCUCCAGCGUGGGCUUCCAUGUCAUCGACGUGGACUCGGGCAACCCUUACGACAUCUACAUCCCCUCACAUAUCCAGAGCCAGGUGACGCCCCAUGCCAUCGUGGUGCUUCCUAAAACCGACGGAAUGGAGAUGCUGUUGUGUUACGAGGACGAGGGCGUCUAUGUCAACACCUACGGUCGAAUCACCAAGGAUGUGGUGCUACAGUGGGGAGAGAUGCCAACCUCUGUUGCCUAUAUCCAUUCUAAUCAGAUUAUGGGCUGGGGUGAGAAAGCCAUAGAGAUCCGCUCUGUAGAGACGGGUCAUCUUGAUGGAGUCUUUAUGCACAAGAGAGCCCAGAGACUCAAAUUCCUUUGUGAGAGGAACGACAAGGUAUUCUUCGCAUCGGUGCGUUCAGGAGGUAGCAGCCAAGUUUUCUUCAUGACCCUCAACAGAAACUCAAUGAUGAACUGGUGAUGGCUCCUCCCACUGUCCUCUCUGCCUCACUCUCCCAUUGGCCAGACCGGAAACCCACGCGGGCCCACUGCAGAUCUCACAAAUGAACCCGAUUGUCCGAGAGGCCAAACUCUUUUAACACCCGAGAGACUUUAACGGUGUAGAAAAAAAAUGAAGUAAUGUCACAAAGAGAUAUGUUAGCCUAGAUUAUGUCGGGUCAUGCAGAAGCCAUCGUUACUCAACUGACAAACUGGUGCCACUGACUUUCCAAAUAUUCCUACUUUCUCUGUCACUGUCUGUAACUUCGUCCCCUUUUUGUCUCUCUCUUUUCUCCAAAUGGACCAGUGCAUUCAACAACUGUAGAGAUUAACUUUAAGCCUGCCUCGUUCUGUCUUUCUUCUUCUUCCUUUUGUCCCCCUCCUUCUUAAGCCUCUGACUACUUUGGCCUAGUCGUCGCUUCUUCGAUCCUUUGACACCCACGUCUUCCAUUUUCCUUACUUCCUGUCCUCCAUGUGUGGGCUCAUUCCGACAGAACUACACCUCAGAGGUUGGAGAAAUAGAUGAAUAAGAUUUAAUAUGAAUUUAAAUAUAUACUUCCGAAUAUGACGGAUGAGGGGAGGGCAGCAGAGGGAUGACAAAUCCAUUCUGCAUGUCGGCAGACAGCCUGAUUGAUUUUUUUUUUUCCCUCCUCUGUCGCUCCCCUCAGCCUCCUGCACUUCCUCCUCCCUCCAUCUUUUCAGGCUCUGAGUAAACUGAAUUGUGAUUUAAUGUUCGAUCGCAUCUCUCUGAUAGAGAUGCGGAGCUGUCAUGGGCAGGUUGUAACAGUAUGCAACAGUGACGUCUGUGUCCCUUUAAAAUGAUAUCACUGGUCCAUUCUGCCUCUUCCCUCCUUUCUUCCCUCUUUCCCUUCUCACACUCAUUUCCCUGUUUUCACUCUUCCGUCUUUAAACUCUGAAGGUGCUGCAUCAGAUAUACUGUAAUAUUAAAUGAACAAUGAGAGCGUCAUUCUGCUCAUUCAGUUUGUUUCUGUUCUUUCCUUUUUCUGUGGCAGGGUCAGUCAAUUUUUGAAGCUUGAUGAAAUGUACAGCACAUCUGUGUGAAAUCUGGACCGUACGUUAGUGGAUGCGUGAGUGCGUGUGUGCAUCAAGUCUUUGCGUGUGUGUGUGUGUGUUUGAAAGGAGUCCCAUUCAAAUCAAGUUCGAAUCAGAGUGGGAUAUCUAAAUCAAUGUCCAGAAAAAGAGUCAAGUAAUUCAGUCUCUGUGUGUGAACCUUUACCUUAAUGCGAUCAAAGCAACACUGAGUGUGUUUACAUGCAGAUUUAUGAUGUUAUCUUCUUAGUAUGGAGUUUAUGAGUUGGUGUAUUUGAACACCAAGCAUUUAACAAUAGGCAAUAUUAGUGGUUAAUGUUUUGCAGUAUGUUUCUGUUUCCUCUAACGCAGUACUGUUUUGGCUAUUCAUGAUUACAGCCGCGUUGCUGUAGGGAACAUGAAUACGUAUAUAAACAGUUUGUCCUGAAUACAGCCUCAGCAGGACAUGAGCUACUAUUCCGAAUACUGUGUGCAUGUGAAAGCACUCAUUGUUGAAAGCUGUGGUGUCUUUUUGAAUCAUCCUACUCGUUGAUCUGUUCCUCUGAUUUUUGGCUCCAACCUGUUUGUACAGUGCCUAGCAUGAUGUAAGCAAAACAAAAAUGGAGGCCGUAAGUUUAUCGCUCACGUUUUAAUUGAUCAUUUUGUCGCCUGUUUGGUUCCUUUGCACAGUUUUCUUUCACGUUAUGUCUAACUUCAACAUACCGCUGAUGUUGUUUGUCUCUUCUAAUGGAGAUGUACCUUAACAAAUUCAAGACUUGAUUUAUUCUUUGAAAGGAGUAACUAAACAUGGUAUGAGAAAACCUUGGCAUUACUUUCAAAACAUUUACUGCAGCGCAUUACGUGCUGUAUAAUUUAGAACACUAUUUGGGGUGGACUAAUUCAUAAUUACUCACCCAUAAUAGAGAGCACAGUAAGGCAGAUGAGUGGAAAUACUGCAUGUUUGGCAGUGUGUUAGGAUAUGGCUAAAAAAUGUGUGCUGAGACAGAAAAAAAACAAACCCAUUCCCAAUGAUGUGAUAAUCAUUUCAAUCAUUAAUAAUUAUUUUUUGUGAUAUUUUCAAGGACUUCUUACAUCCACACAGUAGCUGCCCCUGUGCAGCUUUAAGUUAGGUUCACUGAUCUCUAUUAGGGGGAGCAGGCUAACUUUUUAGCAAUAAAGAGCCGAGCUGAAGAAACUGCUGUCUUCCCUGUGUGCAUGAAUCUGUGUGUCUGAUUAAAGAGCAAGUGUGAAUGGGGCAUUAUUACUAUAUUUGUCCAUCGUGGAAUUCACUCUUCCUCAUGGAAAAUGCUGACGGUCAUUACACUGAGAACUCUCCUUUCAAAGACGAAACCACUGUAUUCUUUAUUCUGUUUACUUCUUGUUUUCUUUAUUUUGAAAGAGCAUUACUAAUGUCCUGUUUUGGGAUUUAUUUGUUUUGUAAAAGAGAAGCUGUAAGAGAGAAAUAAAUGAAUCUAGAGCAUUA